CGUGAGUUGUGCCCAGCUCACCUCUGCGUGACUCUCCGGUGUCUGUCGGUGAAGCCUCGACCCUUUUCCUCGUCAGCAGCCGGCGUGGUGAACAGAAAGCGGUCAAAAAGGUGAGUUCAGCCCGGCCGCUGCUCCCCGUGCAGCCGAUCCCGGGUCAGUGUUUGACAUGAAUCAUGUAUGAUCUGUGAAGUGUUGACUGCCUGCCGGAACUGGUCCAUGUGGCUGCAGACAGGACGAGCUCAAAUCAUCAUUGACAUUGCUGCACAGUUAUUGAUACUCGAUAUGUUUCAUAUCAAUCCUGCAGAAUUUCCAUCAGCACAUGUAACAAAUAUGAACUUUAGACACGUCUCUUUCGUAACUGGGAGAUUUGUUGGCGUGUUUUCACUACAGUGAUUUCAGGUUUACUGUACCACCUGUGGUUCCCAACCUGAGGUUCGACACCCCUCAAGGGCUCGGAAGAUGUACCCGAGAGGUCACAAGAGACUUAAAGGAAAUAUUGCCAAACUUUGGCAAUUUACUAAUUUGCCUCAUUGCUUUACCACUCUCAUGUUUGUACAGUUUAUAUGUAGCCUCAGGAAGCAAACUCUUAGUUUAACUUAGCUUAGGAAACUGGGGAGACAGGUUGGUGUGGUAUGAGUGUGUCGUAGCUUCGCUGCAGCUCUGUCUCUCUGAGUUUUUCUGACAUGAACACCUGUCUCAGCAGCUCUCUCCCAGCAGCAAACUGAACCUCAACCUGGACCUUAUUUUUCCAUGUCUUUGAGUCUACAGGAUUAAUGGGGUUUCUGAAAUCGGUCCAGUAUCGAGCGAGAGUGCUGCAGCCACUUACAGUCCAUUAAAAGUGUUUUUGCCAUUGCAGGCUAGCAACAUUAUAGAAUCAUACAGACGGGCAAGAGGUAAAUCCUUUUUGUUUAACCUGAAUCAGUUGUUACAGCUCUGUUAAACGCCGCCAGACAAAAACAGCAACAUCACCCACCUACAGAGCUGCCGGUCUGUCACUGCCUCAAACAGUUAGUUUGUUUGUGCCACCUUACUGCUGGUUGCACCACUCUUGCACAACCAAUUUCAAAUACGGUUGCUUCCAUUAGUAACAAAACCCUGACAGAAAUACAGAAGUUUACAUUUAACUUGACUUGAUAAAUACUCUGACUGUACUGCCAUCCUGUUCUGUUAGAAGGUCAAACAUAUGAAAACACUCACAUAUCCUUGUGAUUUGUUUUGUAAUCUGAGUAACCUUUGUUUUAUUACGUGGAAACAGUAAACAGCAGUUUGUUUGACUUCCUGGCUGACUCCCAGGCCAACAUCUUUUGAUAAAUGUGUGGUUGUCAGCAGUCUGUGGCUCUUUUUGUCCUGAGCAGGGAGUUGAAGUCAUGUUCAGACUCCUCAGUCACCAAGGUAAGAGGACACGGAGCUGCCUCACAGGCCAGCGGCGCUAUGAGCACCACAGAGCCGUCAUGGCCAUCCGCCGCGAGGAUAUUAACCCCUGGGAGAGGAGGGCGCCACUGGCCCCGCGCCACAUCAAAGAGCUCACCAACGCCGGCGUCAAAGUCCUGGUGCAACCAUCCAACCGCAGAGCCAUCCACGAGAAGUACUACAUGAGGGCAGGGGCCGUCAUUCAGGAGGACAUUUCGGAGGCGUCUCUGAUAAUCGGGGUGAAGAGGCCGCCGGAGGAGAAGGUGAUUCCCAGGAAGACAUAUGCUUUUUUCUCCCACACCAUCAAGGCUCAGGAGGCCAACAUGGGGCUACUGGAGGACCUGCUGACAAAGGAGGUUCGUCUGAUCGACUACGAGAAGAUGGUCGACGCUAACGGCUACCGGAUCGUAGCGUUUGGUCAGUGGGCCGGUGUUGCAGGAAUGAUUAACAUUUUGCAUGGAUUAGGGCUGCGUUUCCUGGCUCUCGGGCAUCACACUCCCUUCAUGCACAUCGGCAUGGCUCAUAACUACAGGAAUGUCAGCCAGGCCAUCCAGGCAGUGAGGGAUUGUGGGUAUGAGAUCUCCAUGGGACUCAUGCCCAAAUCAAUCGGCCCUGUGACGUUUUGUUUUACCGGGACCGGCAACGUCUCCAAGGGAGCCCAAGACAUCCUGAACGAGCUUCCUGUGGAAUACGUUGAACCGCAUGAGUUGAAGGACGUCUCUGAAACACAAGAUAUGACCAGAGUGUACGCCACUGUUCUGAGCCGACAUCACCACCUGAUGAGGAAGAGCGACGGCAUUUAUGACCCCAUGGAGUACGAGAACCACCCAGAACUGUACACCUCGCACUUCAGAACCAGUGUGGCCCCUUACACAACCUGUCUGAUCAAUGGUAUUUACUGGGACCCGCACACCCCCCGUCUCCUCAGACGAGCCGACGCCCAGAUGCUGAUGAAACCGCCCAAAGUGGCUCGUGCAGCCACUGAGGGAUCACCAGUGCUGCCUCACAAAUUGCUCGCCAUCUGUGACAUAUCCGCUGACACCGGAGGUUCUAUAGGGUUCAUGAAUGAGUGCACCACCAUUGAUAAGCCUUUCUGUAUGUAUGACGCCGACCAGCAUAUAGAUCACGACAGGCUGCCGCGGUCAGACGUUCAAGAUUUCAGUGUCGAGGGAAACGGGAUCCUCAUGUGCUCCAUUGACAACCUUCCCGCGCAGCUCCCCAUUGAAGCCACUGAGUAUUUUGGAGACCGACUCUUCCCCUACAUCUGGGAGAUGCUGCCUUCAGACGCUACAAAACCGCUGGAUGAAGAAGAAUUCAGCCCACAAGUCAGAGACGCUGUCAUCACCUCAAACGGAGUCCUCACCCCAAAGUUUGAAUACAUUGAAAAACUUCGAGAAAGAAGGGAGAAGGCUCAGAUCAUGAAGAAGACGGGCAUGAAGCGCAUUCUGCUGCUGGGUUCAGGAUAUGUCUCCGGACCAGUAGUUGAAUAUUUGACUCGUGAUGAGAAGACUCAGGUCACUGUGGCAUCGGUGCUGCUGAAACAAGCAGAGGAACUGGCAGCCAAAUAUCCCAACACCAUCCCUGUCACGUUGGACGCUGGCAGCCAGGAAGGACACCUCGACUCUCUGAUCAAAGAUCAUGACUUAGUCAUCAGCAUGCUGCCAUAUUCCUUUCACCCACUCAUUGCCAAACACUGCAUCAAGAGGAAGGUAAACAUGGUGACAGCCAGCUACCUGAGUCCUGCCAUGAAGGAGCUGCAGAGCAGUGCGGAGGAGGCGGGGAUUACCAUAGUGAAUGAGAUGGGACUGGACCCGGGUAUCGACCACAUGCUGGCCAUGGAGUGUAUUGACCAGGCCAAAGCUGACGGCUGCACUGUGGAGUCCUACAGCUCGUUCUGCGGAGGACUCCCUGCUCCUGAAUGUUCAGACAAUCCUCUUCGCUACAAGUUCAGCUGGAGUCCGUACGGCGUCCUCCUCAACACCAUCAGCCCUGCCAUCUUCCUCAAAGACAACCAGUUGGUGAGCAUCCCGGCUGGCGGGGCUCUAAUGGAGUCCACCAUGCCCAUGGAUUUCCUUCCUGGUUUUAACCUGGAGGGAUUUCCAAACCGCGACAGCACCAAGUACUCCGAGCCUUACGGCAUCCAGGGAGCACACACACUGGUCAGAGGAACACUGCGCUUCAAGGGCUUCUCGAAGGCCAUGAGUGGGUUCGUCAAACUGGGUCUGAUCAACACCGAGCCCUGUCCCAUCCUGAACCACACUUCAUCUCCUGUUUCCUGGAAAGAGCUCCUCUGUAGGCAGAUGGGAUUGUCCUCUUCUACUUCCCAGGAUGCUUUUGAAGAAGCCGUGUACGAACGUAUCGGAAAGGACGACUUUGAGAUGAACAACCUGAGAUGGUUUGGAAUGUUGAGCGACGAGUCGGUGCCUCACGCCGACAGCGUGCUGGCUUCUCUGGCAAAACAUCUGGAAGCAAAACUCUCUUUUGAUAAGGGCGAACGGGACAUGAUCAUCCUGAGGAAUGACGUGGGCCUUCGCCACCCAACUGGCGAGCUGGAGACCAAACACAUUAGCCUGGUGGUGUGCGGUGACCCAAAUGGCUUCUCUGCCAUGGCCAAGACUGUAGGAUACCCAGCAGCCAUUGCUGCUCGCAUGGUCCUUGAUGGUGAAAUCACCACGAAGGGUCUGGUGGUUCCAAUGACAAAAGAGGUCUAUGGGCCAGCACUGACCCGACUGAAAGAGGAGGGGCUUUACUUCAUUUCCAAGAGCACCCUGCAUGAGUAGAGCAACUCAUAUUAGACGUAUCAAAUCCAUUUGCUAUCAACUGCCUUUUAACAACUUAAACCUCUUCUGACAGACUCACUCACCUGUGUGCUGACAAUCAGCGUUUCAUAUUAUAUUGUUUAUUCAUUUACCCAGACCGAUUAAAUACAUAUUUGUUAUGUAAUUAUUCCUUCAAAUAUGAAAGUUUAAAGGGUUAAAAAAUGUAAAAACAUUUUUUGAAAGCCAAAAAGAAUGUUUUAAUCCCCCCAAAGUUAUUUUUGUUCUACUGCAAUGAAACUUUACGACUAUUUGCUUUAUAGUGAUGCUUUAAAACUAAGUUUUAAAACCAAGUUUGAGGAAAAAGUUGAAAAGGCAGCUGGUGUUGUUCAGUAAUUUGCACUUCAAUAUUAUCACCCUGAGUUAGGCUAAAUUCGUCUGUGACAAACUGAUUUAGUCUCAUUGGUCUUGACUGUUUCAGAGAAAUGUUCUUCUGUGAAGACUGAUCAAACACUGCUUUAGACAUUAUAAAUUUAGAGCAUUAAAAGCAAACAUCAUUAAUCAGGAGAAACUACUGAGUUAGAUGUUUUUUUUAACCCCUCAUGCGAUAAUAAAACUGCAAUGUUUUUUAUUGUUAUUAUUUAUUUGUUUUGUAAAAUGUCAGUCAGUUAGCUAACUAAACCUACUAAACCUUUGAACUUUAAUCACUUCAAACAGAAUCUGAUUUCUGGAUUAAUUCAAACCCAACAAACCCAGCUCAAGACUUCACUGUUCUUCACACUGUGAAGAAAGACCGUGCACACUUCAGUAUUUCUUCAAACGCGUAAUACAAAAAACA